AUGAACCGGUCGACCAAAGUUCACGCUUCGCAGAUAUCCGAAGUGGAAAUCGUUAAAGUUUCUCGUUCGGUAAAAGCGUUCUUUUCUGCAAAUGCAAUCUGGAAGACUGCUAGUAUCAGUAAAUUCAAUAAAUCCUCCGUCUAUGAUCUCAAGGAACAAGGGUAUAUUGAGCUUUGCGUGGGACAAGAAGGGAGAAAGUACAGAACGCGUACCUUACAAGAAGCAGCUGAGCGCGGGAAGGUCCAGCUUCCAAUUCCAGAAAUACACGAGAAGGCAAUGAACACUGCCAGGAGUAAAGGAGGCAGUAAGGUCUGGAAUGAGUUUAAGGACGGAACUACUCGAGAUAAACUUGAUAAGAAGGGUGGUUUCGAGGGGGCAGUUUGGGAUUGGGAUCUUUUUGAGAGGCGAAAGAGAAAACAAGAGGCAGCUCCAAGAAGUCCAGUCUCUACUUCUCCUCGAGGCUGGGCGGAAGACUGUUUCCAUCGACCUCUGACAGACUUCGUGCCACAACUGAGAGCACGAUCCAUCGGCUUCAUGUUUGCAUAUGAGCUAGCUAUUGCGGGGCUAUCAGCCGCGGAGGCUGGAGCUGGGAGCGCUGGAUGA